AUGGCCUCCUCAGGGUCUUCGCCCACGCGCAUGCUCAUCUCCUUUGACGGGGACGGAAGCUCAGCACGCACGCCCGAGCUCACGAGCUAUCGGCUUCAGACCCCAAGCAGCGCCGCCCGCGGUCUACAGAGAUGUUCCAGUGCUGGCAGGCUGACUCCAUUACCGAGCCGGGUGCCAAAGGGAAAUUCUAGCCUUUCCUUCAGGGAGGACUUUUGCGUGAUGGGAACGCCAGCAGAUGCCUUGGCCUUUCUGAAUGCUGGCUGCCGCCCGCCAAAGACGCCAAAGCCGGCAUACUUGCCACAGCUGGAUCCUCCAAGAGGCCCACAGCUACAGCCAGAGCUUGAAAAGGAGGACAAUGGACCGCGUGACUCUGGCCACGUGGUGUUCUGCCCAACCCCCAUGAACACUGUUCAUGUCAUCACGCCGUACUCCAAAGUCUACGGAAAGCACCCCAGCCUGUUCAAUUAUGACAGGAAGGGUGAGAUGCAAUUGAACGACAAGGGAGUCGCGGCCCUGAUGAAUGAAAGCGGAGGCGAUCUUGAUGUUGACUGA